CCUUUCGCUCACUUUAAAGAACCAAGACAACGAUAACCCACUACCCAUGGCCAGGCCUCAACAGCGUUAUCGAGGCGUUCGUCAAAGGCAUUGGGGCUCAUGGGUGUCCGAGAUUCGUCACCCUUUACUGAAAACCAGAAUUUGGCUCGGCACGUUCGAAACGGCUGAAGACGCUGCUAGAGCCUACGAUGAAGCUGCUCGCCUAAUGUGCGGUCCUCGUGCCAGAACCAAUUUCCCUUUCAACGCAAAUGACUCCAAUUCCUCUUCUUCUAAGCUCCUCUCUGCUAAUUUGACCGCUAAACUCCACCGUUGCUACAUGGCGUCGCUUCAUUUGACCAACCCAUCGCCGCAGAAACCCGCCGAGAAGAAAAGGGCCGUGAAAAUGACACAAAUGGAGACUGCCCAUCAGCCGUUUGUGGCUCUGGAAGAGGACCAUAUUGAACAGAUGAUCGAGGAGUUGAUUCAUUAUGGGUCUGUUGAGCUCUGCUCUGUUCUGCCGCCGCCGCCGCCGCCGCCGCCUCAGCCGUUUUGAUAUUAAUUUUUAAUUUCAAAACCCCAUUUUGCUCCAACUUUUUGGGGAUUAGAUAUAUAUAUAUAUAUAUAUUGUUAGUAGCGUAGUGGAUAAUUAGCUCCACCUUGUCUGUAUAAUCUCAUUAUCUUAAUGUACUACUACCUCCACAUAUAUAUAUUUAGCUUAUCUUAUAU